GCCUCAAAAUUGAAACAACGCGGACCAAACACGGCUGAACACGCAGAGCAGAGCCCAGUGCGAAAAGAAUUUCAUAAUCAAAAGUUAAUUGAGCGCUAAAACAAGCAGGCCACCGAGCCAAAACAAACACAGCUAGCAAGGCAAAGCAAGCCCGAAACCAAGUGCCGAAAACAAAAAGUGGAAGCCAACGGCUCGAAAAUCACGCAAAACCCCGGGAAAACCGCCAAUCAAACGGAUUACACACACAAAAUGGUCGUCGAGGAGACCUGCACCAUGCACCUGGACCGCGACAUGGAUAUGGAGCUGGAGCUGGAGCUGAACAUCGACCUGGCCAUGGAGUGCGCGCCCAUCGGACGCGUGGUGAAAUCGGCCCUGCUGCGGGCGCAGAGCGAGGCGCGGGUGAUCGUGGGCCUGGCGGCCGCCAUCAACGUGCUCUCCAAGUCGCCGGAGGGAUCGCUCUUCUGCCUGAUGGCCCAGCCCAAGGACGGCGACUCCGCCACCCACAUGCACGAGGUGCUGCUGGAGGCCUUCUGCUACGAGAACGACAUCUACGUGAUCAAGGUGGACGACGCCACCAAGCUGAGCCGCAUCCUGGGCCAGGACUCCGUGGAGUCGUGCUGCCUCGUCCAGAAGGUCUGGGCCGACGCGCCCGAGGAGCAGCUGACCAAGGCCGAGAACCAGCUGGUCGACUACUGCGAGGCCCACUGGGACGCCCCCCAGCAUCCCAUUGUCCAGCUGCCGGCUGUGUAGGCGCGCGCGGGAGCGGCACAGCCACAGAAUUGGACAGGCCCCACCAGGACAGUGGGCCACAAGAGGUUUAAAUCGAGCAGAAAAGAUUGAGACGCAAACCAGUUGCCGGGGGUUGAUGCACCCGAACGCCUUGGAGAGUUCCCGAGGGAAUCCGGCGUCUCGGGGCGUUACGCCCGCCAGCCAUAUAUACACCUACAUGGGCUAUGUACCAUGCGAUACAUAUAUACACACCCUAGCCUAACUGGAGGAGCAGCACUGAUAGGCCGGCGCCUUGGCGAAUAAUUGCGGCUGAAAGGCGACCUUCGAGGCGGCAGAACCUGCACUCGAGCGGCGGACACCCGCGGAAGUCGCACACAGAUACUCACUCACACAGCCGGGGGCAGCCCCACACACACUCACACAGAAGCGCGUGACCAGCUGCCAGGCCGCAGAUACACUGCAUCCCACAUACAUAUAGCCAAUUUGUUUCUGUAUAAUUUUUUCGCCUUGAGCGCCGCAAAUUUACUGAUAAUGACAAUUAUUCUGUACGCCGUAAAUUGUAAAUUACACUUAAAUGGAGAGCAGCAGAUGCAUGUAUAAAUUAAAGUUUUGUUAUGUUAGCUUUUCCCAGAGAAGAGAGGAUGAAAUCCGUAAACAAAAUACAAAAAAUUGUUAUUUAAUUUAAGCACACAAAAUAAAUGGAAAAGAUUUUUCAAAGAAAAUAAAAGCAUGAAAAACCAAA